GGCAUCUCUACCCCCGUCUACCAUUGCUUAUGCAAAUGCUAUGAAAGACGCAACCGUUCAUCUCGAGAAAGGCCUCGUAUGCGCCCCAAUCGGUGCCUUGACUUCAUUAACAUCGGGCAACUCUAAUACGGGUGUCACAUCUCCGCCGAUCAAUGACCAAGGUCCCAUUAUUGAUUGUGUCUUGACGCCGUGGUCUCAAUGGACUCCGUGUUCGCGUUCGUGUGGAAGCGCUCGCAAAGAAAGGAGACGUGAAAUCAAACUUAACGCACAAAACGGCGGCAAAGCGUGUCCUAAAAGACUGGUUCAAAGAAGGAAAUGCAAAGAUAAUCCCGAUUGUGACCAGUUACCAGUCGAUUGUAAAAUGGGUUCGUGGGGUGAGUGGUCUACCUGUUCAAAGACAUGCGACGGACAGGGCUUCAGAUUUCGUCAAAGAAGUAUUUCUGUCAACGCUUCCAACGGAGGCAUCGCUUGCGGACCGCAAUUCAAUCGAGAAAUCUGUGAAAACUUUAGACCUUGUUAUUAAUGUGUCACCAAAAUGACCCCGAUUAUUGUUUUCAUUAUGUCUAAUGAAUAAAUGUCUGAUAAGUCUUCCUCUAUUUAUUGUCGUAAAUACAACACAAUUGAAGCCUUAAUUGAAGUAAUCAUUUGGUCUACUGUUGGAAGCAAUCAAUUCAAAUAAAGUCAUUCUUUUGUAGACUAUUUCUACAUAUUAUAUACAAAAA